GCUGAUCAUUGCCAGGAAGACCUGCAGGGUGCCGGACAAGUUGGAGGAACUUGCUGCAUUUCCCCUUUCUGCUCAUUGCGAAGACAUGAAUGACAGCAGCGAAGGAAUUACUUUCUCUGUGCCAGUCUCUCGGCUGCCAGAGACCAGGUGCUGCAUGCACGAAGAGAAAUCUGGCCACAGGCAGGCAGGGCCGGCAGCCGCUCCUGGUGGCAACAGGCUGCCCGCAGCUGGCAGCUUCUGGCAUGCAGAUUACAUCCAUGGGGCCGGCGGGGGAGGAGGGGGUGCUGCCAGUCGUUGUAUCAAAGGCAUUAUCGCCCCGGCUGCCGCCGCCGCCGCCUGUGGUAACAGCACCCGGAGGACCACUGUCGUCUAUGUUAUCAAUGAGGGCACCUCCGGCAUGCAGGCGUGUGAAAGCGCGGCACUGCACAGCCUGCAGGAGGCGUGCGAGAGCCAGGGGGCCACACUUGACACACUACAAUUCGGAAAGCUCGACUUCGGGGAGACUACUGUGCUAGACCGCUUCUACAAUGCAGAUAUUGCGGUCGUGGAAAUGACUGAUGCCUUUCGGCAGCCUUCCCUUUUCUAUCACCUGGGCGUUAGAGAAAGCUUUAGUAUGGCCAAUAAUAUCAUCCUUUAUUGCGACACAAACUGUGAAUCUCUUCAGUCACUCAAGGAAAUCAUAUUCCAAAAGAAUACUUUGUGCACUGGUAACUACACCUUUGUUCCUUACAUGAUCACACCACAUAACAAGGUGUUCUCCUGUGAAAGUAGCCUCAUGAAAGGAUUGACAGAAUUAAUGCAGCCAAAUUUAGAACUACUUCUCGGUCCCAUCUGUCUGCCUCUUGUGGAUCGCUUUACUCAGAUCCUAAAAAUAGCACAGGCCAGCUCAUGUCAGUAUUUUCGUGAAGCAAUUCUCAAUGACAUCAGACGUGCCCGCAACCAUUACUCUGGAAAAGAGCUGGCUGCCGAACUGACAAGGAUACGACAGCGAGUAGAUAACAUUGAAGUUUUAUCUCCGGAUAUAAUAAUAAAUUUACUCCUUUCAUACAGAGAUAUCCAGGAUUAUGAUUCAAUCGUGAAGCUGGUGGAAACCUUAGAGAGACUGCCAACCUUUGAUUUAACCGCCCAUCUUCAUGUGAAAUUUCAUUACGCGUUUGCUCUGAACAGGAGAAAACAUCCAGGUGACAGGGAAAAAGCUCUUGAGAUAAUGCUGCCAAUGGUACAACACGAGGACCAGGUUGCUUCAGACAUGUACUGCUUAGUAGGACGGAUUUACAAGGAUACAUUCCUGGAUUCUAAUUUCACAGAUGAGCAGAGCCGGGACAAUGGCAUACUGUGGUACCAGAGAUCAUUUGAAUCUGAGCCAACUCUUCAGUCUGGAAUUAAUUAUGCAGUCCUUCUCCUUGCAGCUGGGCAUCAGUUUGAUUCAUCAUUUGAACUUCGCAAAAUAGGGGUGAAGAUCAGCAGCCUACUGGGUAAAAAGGGAAAUCUGGAAAAGCUGCAAAGUUAUUGGGAUGUUGGCUACUAUAUGGGAGCUAGCGUGCUGGCUAAUGACCACACGAAGGUUAUCCAGGCUGCAGAAAGACUAUUCAAACUGAAAACACCUGCAUGGUACUUGAAUUCUCUUGUGGACACGAUUUUGAUAUACCAGAAGUUUAAGAAACCAAACCUUGAAAAACAUACAUCCAAACAGGAGCAUGUUGAUUUUUGGAUGGAUUUUCUGGUUGAAUCCACUAAUACAGAUGUUUCUGUGGUACGAUUUCCAGUCUUGAUCCUAGAACCUACGAAGAUCUAUCAGCCAUCAUAUCUAUCAAUUAACAGUGAAGCUGAUGAGAAAACAGUGUCUAUUUGGCAUGUCCUACCUGAUGAUAAGAAAGGAAUUCAUGAGUGGAAUUUCAGUGCAUCCUCCAUAAGAGGAGUAAGCAUUUCGAAGUUUGAAGAAAGGUGCUGUUUUCUGUAUGUGCUACACAAUUCAGAUGACUUCCAGGUCUACUUCUGCACAGAGUUUCAUUGUAAAAAAUUUUUUGAUAUGGUUAACAGCAUUACUGAAGAAAAGGGAAAAAACACAGAUGACGUGGAUUUUGAUGGAGAUGCCCUUGAAUUUGAUUAUGAAUAUGAUGAAAACGGUGACAGAGUAGUCCUGGGUAAGGGUACCCAUGGAGUGGUAUACGCUGGACGAGACCUCAGUAACCAAGUGAGAAUUGCUAUCAAGGAGGUUCCCGAGAGGGACAGCAGGUACUCUCAGCCACUCCAUGAAGAGAUUGCACUUCACAGGCACCUGAAACACAAAAAUAUUGUCCAAUAUAUGGGCUCAUUCAGCGAAAGUGGCUUUAUUAAGAUAUUUAUGGAACAAGUUCCAGGAGGAAGCCUUUCUGCUCUUUUACGAUCAAAAUGGGGACCUCUAAAACAAAAUGAACAAACAAUUGGCUUUUAUACCAAACAGAUUCUUGAAGGUUUAAAAUAUCUUCAUGACAAUCAGAUUGUUCAUCGAGAUAUAAAGGGGGAUAAUGUAUUAAUAAACACAUAUAGUGGUGUUCUGAAAAUCUCUGACUUUGGUACAUCUAAGAGGCUUGCUGGAAUCAACCCAAAUACAGAGACAUUCACUGGCACGCUUCAAUACAUGGCUCCAGAAAUUAUAGAUAAGGGACCAAGAGGAUAUGGGAAGCCAGCCGACAUAUGGUCCCUAGGAUGCACUGUAAUUGAGAUGGCCACAGGAAAGCCUCCAUUUUAUGAAUUAGGAGAACCACAGGCUGCCAUGUUCAAAGUUGGCAUGUUCAAAAUCCAUCCAGAAAUUCCUGAAUCCAUGUCAGCAGAGGCCAAGGCUUUUCUACUGUGCUGCUUUGAACCAGAUCCUGUGAAGCGUGCAACUGCUAUUGAGUUACUUAUGGAUGAGUUCUUGAGGGUUUCCAUGAAAAAACGAAAAUCCAAUCUUAAGCUGUCAGCCCUUUCUCCUGGAUCAAGUGAAUAUCUGAGAAGCAUAUCAUUGCCAGUCCCAGUGAUGGUGGAAGAUACAAGCAGUAGCAGUGAAUAUGGAUCCGUUUCUCCAGACACUGACUUAAGAUCAGAGCCUUUCUCUUUCAAAUCAAGAACAAAGUCUUGUAUAGAAAAAGAGGGGAAGAUUCCAAGGAGUCUUUUCCUUGGGAUUCCAGAUGAGCAGUUUGAAGAUCACAGUGCUCCUCCAUCUCCAGAGGAAAGAGACUCUGGAUUCUUCAUGUUGAAAAAAGAUAGUGAGAGGAGAGCCACUUUGCAUCGCAUCCUCACGGAGGACCAGGAUACUGUAGUUAGAAACCUGGUGGAAGCUUUAGGUCAGGGUGCAGAUGCAACAAAAUUAAAAUGGGAACAUAUAACAACUCUAGUGAUCAGCCUACGAGAGUUUAUCAGAUCAACUGACCGUAAAAUCAUAGCUUCGACUCUGUCAAAACUGAAACUUGAGCUGGACUUUGACAGUCAUGCCAUCAGCCAGAUCCAAGUGGCGCUGUUUGGCUUUCAAGAUGCUGUGAAUACAGUACUCCGAAACCACAAUAUCAAGCCCCACUGGAUGUUUGCUCUAGACAGCAUCAUUCGGAAGGCUGUGCAAACAGCCAUUACCACAUUAGUUCCAGAACUGCGGCCACAUUUUAGCAUUACCUCUGAAAGUGACCCAGCAGACCAAGAUGACAUAGAAGUGGAGGAAGAUCACAAUGAACGCACCAUAAAAGGGCCCAGCCAAGUGCCCAGUGCAGUGAACGAGGACAAUGUACAUACAUCAGGAGUGAGCACCCUCAGCUCUACGGUGUCUCAUGAGUCUCAGAAUACUCACAGAACACUCAGCAUGCAACUGGGGAGACUGAAAAUUGAGUCAAACAGGCUUCUAGAGGAACUGUUGCAGAAGGAAAGAGAUUUCCAGGCUCUUCUUCGGCAGGCUAUUGAAGAGAAAGAUCAAGAGAUCAAACGUCUUCAGCACAAGUCCCAGCCAAUAAAUAUCCCUGGGAUUUCAGUGUCCCACACAAGACCGUCCAAUUCGUGUAAUGAAGACCUUGAACUCAUCUACUGGUUGCAGCAGCAUUGUGUGGAUGAGGACACAAUAAACAAGUUUUUGACAGAAGAUUAUCGAUUGGAGGAUAUACUGUGGCAUGUUACAAGAGAUGAUUUAAAGUCUAUGGAUCUCAGGGGAGGAACCUUUUGUGCAAUCUGGAAGGCCAUCACCGACUUCAGAGAAAAGCAGUCUUCUUGACAAAUCAUUCUAUACAGCUAUAAGUCAUGACAGCUACAAGGCAUGGUUUCCUGGUAGAGACACUGCUGCACUUUAUCCUUCUUUGUGUUUACUAAUGUGAAGUCAUCACAUAAAGUAGGUUCUGUCCCACUGA